AAUCAAUAGUGUUUUUGGAGCAGAAUAGACAAGCGGGCGUUUACCGUUGGAGGCAACCAACGGUAUCGCGAGAAACCGCGAGAUCAUGGCCAUAGCAUAACAAAAAUAAAUUUGUGGACAACAAGCCAGAGUACAUGAUGGCGGCGUCGCUGCUACGCCGGGAUAAGAAAGCCACUGCCGCCCAUUUAAAGGCAGACCUCAAUCGGACUGACAAUUGUGCCGGGGCACGGCAACUCCAAGAGCUGCUCGACACGGUACUGAACCCCGAGACACCGGCCACCGACACCGAGGCUCUGGACUGGUGCAAAUGUCUGAUCGCAGGAGGAGACGGAUUCGAUGAGUUCUGCAAGACGGUCCGGUCCUAUGACAACGCCACUCUCUGUGGUCUGGUCUGGACGGCCAAUUUCGUGGCUUACCGAUGCAGGACUUGUGGCAUUUCCCCCUGCAUGUCAUUGUGCGCCGAGUGUUUUAACAACGGCGAUCACACGGGCCAUGAUUUCAACAUGUUCCGGAGCCAGGCCGGCGGGGCCUGUGACUGUGGGGACAGUAAUGUCAUGCGAGAGAGUGGGUUUUGUCGAAGGCAUCGGUUAAAGACCGGGGAGAAUGUGCCAUCCGUCCCAAGGGAGCUCCUCUUGAUGUCAGAGAUGGUCCUCCCUCGAUUCAUCAUCAGCGUCAUUCAGUAUCUACGGGAAGGAUACACUGAGCCAGGUGAAGUCACAGACUCUGGCAGUGAGCGAGACCUGCAGAAGGUUUUACAGCAGCUGGAGCCACAGAUCUCCUUUCUAGAAGAGCUGACAAAGAUGGGCGGGGCGAUGAGGACCGUUCUGACGAAGAUCCUGACCAAUCAGCAGACGUUCAAAGACCUGAGCAUGGGCCAGGAAGGCAGUCCUUAUGCGAAGCAGAACUAUGAAAAGUACUUGUCAGCGUUGAAGAACUCUGGCCUGGUGUCUGUGGAGGAGAAGGCCCUGCCAGCGUCGGCUGAGUCCCCCGCCGGGGAAGAGGAAGCGACGGGGGCCCUAGCCUCCAGCGGAGCUGCGGCAGCAGGAAGCCCGGAGGAGGCCAGUAAAGAGGAGGAUCCCGAUGGGGGGCAGGCACUUGGGCAGAGGAAGAGGGUGAAGCUGAGCAGCACUACCAAAGAUACCUCCAUUAUGGACUCUCUGAAACACAAAUGCUUUCUGGAGGAGCUGCUGUUCUGGACCAUCAAAUAUGAGUUCCCCCAAAAGAUGGUGACCUUCUUGCUAAACAUGUUACCGGAUCAAGACUACAAGAUCACCUUCACCAAGACGUUCGUGCAACACUACGCCUUCAUCAUGAAGACGCUGAUGAAGAGCCACGAGUCGGACACCAUGUCCAACCGCAUCGUGCACAUCAGCGUGCAGCUGUUCAGCAACGAGGAGCUGGCCCGCCACGUCACCGAGGAGUGCCAGCUGCUGGACGUCAUGGUGACCGUGCUCCUCUACAUGAUGGAGAGCUGUCUGGUCAAGAGCGAGCUGCAAGACGAGGAGAAGAGCCGCCAUGUGGUGGUGAACUGCGGCGAGGCGCUGCUGAAGAACAACACCUACUGGCCGCUGGUCAGCGACUUCAUCAACAUCCUGUCCCACCAGAGCGUGGCCAAGAAGUUCCUGGAGGACCACUCCCUGCUGAUGCUCUGGAUGAGCUUCGUCUCCUUCUUCCAAGGGAUGAACCUGAACAAGAGGGAGAUGAACGAGCACGUGGAGUUCGAGUCCCAGACGUACUACGCAGCCUUCGCGGCUGAACUGGAGGCCUGUGCCCAGCCCAUGUGGGGGCUCCUCACACACUGCAAGGUCAAAGAGACUCAAGAAUACACUAAGACGGUGGUGCGCUACUGCCUGGAGGCUCUGCAGCUGUGGUUUGAUGCUAUCGGCUUUGUGGACGAGCCUGCACCAAACCAGGUGACCUUUCACCUGCCCCUACAUCGCUACUACGCCAUGUUCCUCAGCAAGGCGGUGAAGUGCCAAGGCCUUGACCUGGACAGCCUUCUGCCCGACCAGGAGAUGUUGAUGAAGAUCAUGGUGCAUCCAUUACAGAUUCAGGCAAGCCUGUCGGAGAUCCACAGCAACAUGUGGGUCAGGAACGGGCUGCAGAUCAAGGGCCAGGCCAUGACCUACGUGCAGUCGCACUUCUGCAACUCCAUGAUCGACCCCGACAUCUACCUGCUGCAGGUUUGCGCAUCAAGGCUGGAUCCUGAUUACUUCAUCUCAUCUGUGUUUGAGAGGUUCAAAGUGGUGGACCUGCUCACCAUGGCGUCCGUGCACCAGAACGCCCUGCUGGACUCUGAGCAGGAGAGGCCGAUGCUGGAGGGUGCCCUGACCUUCCUGGUCAUCCUCACCAGCCUCCGCCUCCACCUGGGGAUGACGGACGACGAGAUCCUCCGCUCCGAGAUGGUGUCGCAGCUCUGCAUGAACGACCGCACCCACAGCUCGCUGCUGGACCUCAUCCCCGAGAACCCCAACCCCAAGAGCGGCAUCGUGCCGGGGAGCUGCAGCUUCGAGGAGAUGCUCUCGGCGGUGGCGGACUUCAAGGCCCCCGUGUUCGAGCCCGGAGGCUCCAUGCAGCAGGGCAUGUACACCCCUAAAGCGGAGGUGUGGGAGAAGGAGUUUGACCCCAUCAUGGUGGUGCUCAGAACGGUCUACCGACGAGACGUCCAGUCGGCAAUGGACCGAUACGCAGCUUUUUUGAAGCAGUCUGGGAUUCACACUGGCAACCCCUGGCCCCCUUACAAGGAGAGGAGUCCCCUGCACCCGAGCUACAAGGGCCUGGUCCAGCUUCUGCACUGCAAGACCCUCCACAUCGUCAUAUUCACGCUCCUCUACAAGAUCUGGAUGGACCACCAGAACAUGUCUGAGCACGUGCUCUGCAUGGUGCUGUACCUCAUCGAGCUGGGCCUGGACAACCAGGACCAGGAGCACAAGGAGGAGGAGGAGCCCUGCAUCGAGGAGCACUGCCACGACAGCUGGUUCCCGGGCACCAGCCUCCUGUCCAACCUGCACCACGUCAUCAACUUCGUCAGGGUCCGGGUCCCCGAGACCGCCCCCGAGGUCAAGAGGGAGCCCCCGCCCAGUACGAGUACCGAGGCGACCUCCUUUGGUCCGGCGUCCCGGCGUCUCUCGGGGAACUGGCGAGAGAACCUCCGCGAGGCGCAGGUCUUCAGCCUGGUGGCCGAGCGCCGCAGGAAGUUCCAGGAGAUCAUCAACCGCAGCAGCACGGAGGCCAGCGCCCAGGUGGUGCGGCCCAAGAGCUCCUCCACCCGCUGGGUCCCGCCGGGCACGCCGCCCCAGCUGGUGACGGAGAUCCUGGAGGUGCGCGAGAGCAUGCUGUCGCUGCUCAUCAAGCUGCACCAGAAGCUGUCGGCCAAGCAGAACUCGCUGCCCGCCGGGUGGCUGGAGGAGGCAGCGGCGGCCAAGGCGGCGGCGGCGGCGGGGGGGGGGCCCGCAGACGCCGGGCGCCACACCCAUGGCGACGGCAUCACCGCCAUCGAGCGCAUCCUGACCAAGGCGGCCGGAUGCAGCCGCCACAGCCAGCGCAGCAUCCAGGAGAUCUGCGGGAAGGUGUGCCCCCCCGUGCCCCCCAAGAAGAGCAGCCCCGCAGACAAGAAGACCCUGGAUAAGGAGGAGAGGCGUACGAGGGCCCGGGAACGGCAGCAGAAGCUGCUGGCCGAGUUCGCCUCCAGGCAGAAGAGCUUCAUGGAGACCGCCAUGGACGUCGAAUCCCCCGACGGCGAGGCGGCCAUGGACCUGGGGCUGACGGAGCUGAUGGACUCGGAGAUCCUCUACGACUGUGUCAUCUGCGGCCAGAGCGGCCCGUCCACAGAAGACCGGCCCACCGGCCUGGUGGUGCUGCUACAGGCCUCCUCAGUGUUGGGCCAUCGCUGUAAAACGGGCGAGGCCAAGAAGCUGCCGACGAGCGACGAGGAGCACAUCUACGCGGCGGACACGUGCGGUGUUGCGCACGACCUUCGCCUGGCGCUGAUGCAGCGCUUCUUCAGAGAGAGCUCGUGUCUGCAGUCGGUCUCCAUCGGCUGGGACGGUGGCGUCUACGUCCAGACCUGCGGCCACACGCUGCACAUCGACUGCCACAAGUCCUACAUGGAGUCCCUCCGGAACGACCAGGUCCUGCAGGGCUUCUCCGUGGACAAGGGGGAGUUCACCUGCCCGCUGUGCCGGCAGUUUGCCAACAGCGUGAUCCCCUGCCGCCCGGGGCCGGGCCUGGAGGCCGGGGCCUGGCACUGCCCCAGCAACAAGAAGCCCUCGGUCCUGGUGAAGGAGGUGGAGGACCUGCAGGGGCUGAUGGCCCCCUUCCCGACGGUGUCGAACCUGAGCAAAGAGAUGGAGCUGGUCAUCAAGGACAUCAAGAACACCACCCAGAAGAAGUACAUGGACUACGGCAAGAACCCAGGUUCCCCUGACAACGACUUCCUCUUCAUGUACUCCGUGGCCAGGACCAACCUGGAGCUGGAGCUGGUUCACCGCGGCGGCCACCUGUGUUCUGGAGGAGCUAGUGGCGCCGCCAAACGCUCCUGUCUCAACCAGCUGUUCCAGGUGUUGGCCACACACAUGCGUCUGUACAGCAUCGACUCUGCCUACAACCCCUGGACCCGACUCACGCAGGUCACUAAGAGCCAGCUAGAAGAAGGUCCGGAGGUCGACCGGCGGGAGGUGGCCAUGCUGUUCAGAGACGUGCCGUCGCUGCUCAUCAUCUUCGUGCUGACCAUGCCGCAGCCCCUGAGAAAAGAACACUUCACCUGCGUGGUGAAGAUGCUGUACAACCUGCAGUUCGUCCAGGCCCUGGCCGCACUCUCCGCACAGUUCAGCCCCGAGGAGCGUCAGGCCUGGAGCACGUCUGGAACCCCCAAGAAGAACGCGGCAAACGGAGAGAAGUGUUUCGAAGCCUUGCUAAGCCACGUCAUCAGCGAGCUGUCCAGCGACGAGAAGAUCUACCGGCUGAAUGCGGCGGAGCCCACCGUGCUGAGCUCCAGCGUGUGGUCUCCCCAGUCCAUCGAGUUCAGCCUACGUCAGUUCUGCUUGCCCUACCUCCGCAUCGCCAGCCUGCUGCAGCACCACCUCUACGGGGACGUCCUCACCGAGUGCCUGCAGGAGGACGAGUUCUGGACGCUGGUCGUGGGUCUGGGGCUGCUGGCCCCGGGGCCCCAGACCCCAGGCUCCAGCUCCAGCCCCGUCCCCAGCGCCUCGUGUCUGGAGUGGCCGGGGGUCAGUGCCUUCCAGCUGGUGACCCAGUGGUGUGAGGAGUUGAAGGGGCUCCCCGAGACGCAGGCCGAGCACACCCUGGAACUGGUGCCGUUCCGCUCGCCCCAGACCCUCCUGGUGCAGGACCCCCAGUGGGGAGCGCCGAGGCUCCUCCAGCUCCCCGACAACUACAACAUCCUCUUCCAGUACUACCACCGCAAGGCGUGCUCCGCCUGCCAGAAGGUGCCCAAGGACCCGGCGCUCUGCCUGGUCUGCGGCACCUUCGUCUGCCUCAAGGGGCCGUGCUGCAAGCAGCAGGGCACCUGUGAAUGUGUUCUGCACUCCCAACACUGUGGCGCCGCGACCGGCAUCUUCCUCCUGAUCAACGCCUCCGUCAUCAUCAUCAUCCGGGGCCACCGCUUCUGCCUGUGGGGCUCGGUGUACCUGGACGCCCACGGGGAGGAAGACCGGGACCUACGCCGGGGCAAGCCCCUGUUCCUGUGUGCCGAGAGGUACCGGGUGCUGGAGCAGCAGUGGGUCUCACACACCUUCGACCACAUCAACAAGCGCUGGGGUCCGCACUACAACGGACUCUAA